AUGAAUGUUUUCCUUAGUUUUAAGAAAACUUUCGGAGUUACAACAAAAUAUACGAAAACCAUAAAGGCUAAUUAUUCAAAAAUGCUUAUCAAAAAGAGAGAGUCCUUUAUUCAAGAGGAAGUUAAGAAAAUUGAACAAUGGUGGAACUCCCCACGGUUUAAAGAAACAAAGCGUAUAUAUACACCCUUAGAUGUGAUUAAACAUAGGGGUAGUUUAGGUAUAUCUGACGUAAAAUAUCCAUCAUCAACUCAAGCUAAAAAACUCUUCGAAUUAUUAGAAGAAAAUUUUAAAAAUAAGAAGCCUUUACAUACAUUAGGUGUUAUUGAUCCCGUCCAAAUGACGCAACUGGCCAAAUGUGAUGAUAUUAAAGUAGCAUAUGUAUCAGGAUGGGCAUGCUCUUCCACAAUGGUUGGUUCAACUAACGAAGUAUCUCCAGAUUUUGGAGAUUACCCAUAUGAUACCGUACCAAAUCAAGUGGAAAGAAUAUUUAAAGCUCAAAAGAUGCAUGAUAGGAAGUCAUUCUUGGAAUUUUUGGAGAAGAAAAAGCCGAUGGUGGAUUACAUGAAACCAAUCAUAGCCGAUGCCGAUAUGGGACAUGGUGGGGUGACUACGGUGAUGAAAUUAGCCAAACUAUUUGCUGAGAAAGGAGCUGCUGGUAUUCAUUUAGAAGAUCAACUAGCGGGAGGGAAACGUUGUGGACAUUUAGGAGGUGCUGUUCUUGUUCCAACAUCGACUCAUGUAAGUAGACUGAUAGCUACACGUUUACAAUGGGAUAUUAUGGGUGUUGAGAAUUUAAUUAUUGCAAGGACAGAUUCAUGUAAUAGUAAAUUGAUUAGUAGUAGUUCUGACCCUAGAGAUCAUGAGUUUAUUCAAGGGAUUAUGAAUAUUAAUGUUCAACCUUGGAGUGAAAAGUUGAUUGAUUUAGAGCGUCAAAAUGCAACUAGUACUCAAAUGUCUGAAAGUGAACUUGAAUGGUAUAAUACCAACAAAUUGGUAACAUUUGAUGAAGCAGUUCAAUUACAAGUAACUUCGAUUCAAUUUCAAAAAUACAUUAAAACUAAGAAAGAAUUAAAAAUUAAGGAAGAGAAAAAUUAUUUAAGUUUAGGUGAAAUGAAAAACAUUAUUAAACAAAUUGCGCCUAAAAUUAAUAUAAAAUUUGAUUGGGAUUUACCACGUUCUUCAGAAGGUUAUUAUAUGUUUCAAGGUGGUAUGAAUGCAGCAAUUAGACGUUCAUUAGUAUUUUCUCCUUAUGCAGAUAUGAUUUGGUUAGAGACAAAGACUCCGAAUCUUGAACAAGCUAGGAAAUUUUCUAAAGAAAUUCAUGAACAAUAUCCAAAUACUAAAUUAGUUUAUAAUCUUUCACCAAGUUUUGAUUGGAGUAAACAUGGUUUUACAGAACUUCAAUUAAAGAAUUUUAUUUGGGAUCUUGCGAAAGAAGGAUUUAUUUUACAAUUAGUUUCAUUAGCUGGAUUACAUGUAGAUGGUGUAUCAUUUUAUGAAUUAGCUAAAAAUUUUCAAAAAGAUGGAAUGUUUUCUUAUGUGAAUUUAGUUCAAGAGAAGGAGAAACAAAUUGGUUGUGAUCUUUUAACACAUCAACGCUGGUCUGGAGCAGAAUAUGUUGAUUCAAUAAUGAAAGUUGUUCAAAAUGGUUCUUCAUCAAAAACUUUAAGUACUACUGGAGAAAGUUUUACCGAAUCUCAAUUUUGA